UUGCUACGUGGGAAGAGUUAAGAUACGUAAAGACAAAUUAUUAGAAGGAUGACCGCAAAUUACUUGGAUUUGGAUAUUAAUAAGUUAUUUGAAGAAUAUACGAUAAAGGAGAUUGAGGGUAUUCAAAAGAAAAUUCAACAUGAGAGUGACAGAAAAAAAAUCGAACUUAGAACUUUAGUUGGAGAAAGGUACCGUGAUUUAAUAUUGGCUGCAGAUACAAUUGGAAAAAUGAAGAUAACUUCUGAACGUGUUAUUUCAAGAUUAAUUAAGAUUGAAGAGGAUUUUGGAGAAUUACAAAAGAAGUAUCUUAUUGGAUUUAAAAUAGAUUCAGCUCAAAGUGAAAGUGAUAGAAAUAUUGAAGCAAGUCAUGAUUCAGUUAUUAUUCAAAUAAAAAUCUUGAUGGAUAUACCUCAACAUAUUUGGUCUAGUAUUGAAAACAAAGAUUUAUUAUUCGCUACACAAUUGUAUCUGGUAGCUCAACACAUAAAUUAUAGUCUGUUAUUUGAAGUAGGGGACACAAAUUUAAAUAUUAAGUAUCCAAUUGUAUCUAAACAAUGGGAUGUUAUUAGUCAGUUUAAGAACAUCAUAUUUAAUGAGUGUAAUACUGUAUUACAAUCAUUAGAUGUACAAUCAAAGAGUAUAGCAAAUUGCUUAGCAGCACUUGUGUUAUUAAAUGGAACUUCGUUCCCAGAUUUAGUGGAUAAAUUAAUAUCCAUGCGUAAUCACGCAAUUAAAUCUAUUAUUGUUGAUGAAAAUGAUAGUAGUGUUAAAAAGAAGAUAAAAUCAUGUAUUGAGAUAUUAAUUCAAACAAUCAGUUUAAUUUAUUCUUGCUUCAUAAAUUCAGAAGCUAAAUCAGGAGGUCUUGUUCUACAAUAUUUAAUAAAUAUUCAAGAUCAGGAAGCAUAUUCUUUGCUUUCUCAGCUAGAUUUGAAUCAAGAAUUAUUAAAAGAAUUUCUUCCUCUUGUAACUAAACAGCAUAAGCCAUUUGCUGCACAUACUUUUGAAAAUUUUGGUAUAUCAGAUUUACAAAAAACUAUUAAAUCCUGGCUUGAUUGGGUCGCCGAAUUUUGCAAUUGCGAAAUUACGAAACUUUUAGAUCUAAUAAUAUCUAUAAAAGGAUUAUAUUAUGUCCGUGAAGAAGCUGUUAGCAUCAGUUUGCCGGAAAAUUGGAAUUCGAUCUGGGAAGAGCUUUCUCUUCCAAGAAUAACAUUCUGGGUGGAAUUUUUUCAACUUUUAAUAUCUCAAAGAGCAAAAUAUAUCAUAAAUGACAAAUGGAUGGAAACUAUUGCUGCAUUAAAGUCAGACGUAAUUGAGUUACUUGGUAAAGUAAUUCUUGAUAAAUUUGAAUAUCCUGAACAUGAUUUACGAUGGUUUGUUUGGAAAGAUUCUCCAAGUGAUAUUCCUCAGAAGCUUACCAAGAAUGGUGGUUUAGAUAAUAAUAGAUCUUUAUUGAUGAAAACUAAAGGAUAUUCACCAAAUAUUCUCAAACUGUGUGAAAAUUUUAAUACUAGUUUGCAUGUUCUACUCACAGAUCUUGAGCAAUACUUAUACGAAACGGAACACGUGAUGUCUAUUAAGGACAAUUUAUUAUCUACAAACAUAUCUUUAAUUUCGAAUUUAUUUUCUGACCGUACAGAGAUUCAAGAACAUUUACAAAUAACCAGCACUAACAUGAUUGAAGAUUUUCUCAAUUUUGCAAAGACUACAUGCGUAAAUGAUAAACCCGAAUACGGUCAACGUGAUAUAAACUCUAUUAUAAUGGCAAGACUUCUUUUAGCAUUGACGACAUUAAGUUCAAACUUGAAUAAAUGUUUUACACUUUCAAAAAUAUCUGGAUUAACUAUUACAAAUGCCAAAUGGCAAUCAGUUUGUGAUAAAUUAAAAGAAGAAAGCACUUCUAUUUGGUCAAUUUGGGCUAAAACGUAUAGAGUUAAAAUAAACGAGCAUAGGAAUAAAUUUAUAUCAAAAGAAUCAUUAGAUGGUUAUCCAAUACAUUUAGUUGUAUCAGAAUGGGAAAAAGUAACUAUUGAAGAAGAUUCCGGGGAGGGUAAAAGAAUAAAAUCAGAAAUUUUAGUACCAUAUCAGCCAUCCAUACAGUUACAAAAAUUUUUAACUGCUAUUAAUAAAGAUUUAAAUAAAAUAAUACCACAUACUCUUCCAAAAAAAGUGCUAUAUGAAAUUAUAGAAGAUGUCGUGUCAGAACUAUUAAAUUAUUAUUUAAUUGCAUCUAGUAAUGCAAGUCUUUCACAGAAGCAAGCCUUCCAAGUAUUAUUUGAUAUAAAAUAUUCUAGUCUUCUUAUGAUAUCUAGAGAAAAUAAAAUUCAAACUGACCUAUCAACUAAAACGUGUGAGAGUAUAUUAUCCAAAAUUGAUCCGUUUGAUUACGACGUUUUCAAUCCUUUUAUUCAUACUAACGUCAAGAAAAGUGUUCAAAGAUCUCUGCUCAUACUAGGAAAUCUUAUACCUCAUUUGGAACAAUUACACUCAAUUUUAGGUGCACGAAGCGAAUAUAAUAAUACUGAAGGUGUAAAAACAGAUCUGCCAUCAGUACUAGCUUUAUGCACAGGAGCACCCUGGUUCCCACCUUUAACUGUAACAGCGCCAACGAGAAAUAUGCCUCUUGUUCCUGUAACUCUACCAGAAAAGAUACAGCGCAAAAAACCUGCUAACAAGGAAAAUACAAAGAGUGAUUCUACUGGAUCUACGAUCAAAUCUGGGGCAGCAGCAUUUUUUGGAGCAAUGGGCUCAGACUGGUUUGGUAGUAGUUAAUUUAUUUAUGUAAUUUACAAUUCAAUAUAAAAAUUGUAAAUAUUUCACUAUAUGUAUAUAUACACUAGGUAUAUCCAUGUAAAUACUAUAUUGCCUU